AUGGUUUCUCAAGACCAAAGUAAGUACUCUGGCUCCAAAAAAAAUGGAGGUAAGGAGCUUGGAAUGGUAACUCCUCAAGACAAGCCCUUGAAGAAGAUGAAGUUUGUUUCAUCUGCUGAGAAAGAACCAAGCAGCACAACAACAAUUUCUGAGGAUUCAAAGUCAGGUCGAGGUAUGAGCACAAUGCCUCGUGUUGUGAAGAGAAAAUUGCAGAAAAUCAAGCCAGUUGUUGAGUACAAUAAAAGGGGGAAAGGAUGUGGCCCUGCACAUACUGAGAUGCAGUCCUACAUUGGUGUGUUGGCACGCUCCAGAGUCCCACUUGUGGACAAGAAAUGGGCUGAAAUCCCCAAUGAUAUAAAGGAGCAGAUUUGGGAAGCCGUUAACAUGGCUUUUGUGGUAGGUCAAGGGGGCAAGACCUCGGUGUUAUCUUCUGCUGCCAAGAAAUGGAAGGAUUUCAAGUCUACACUGACGAGGCAUUAUAUCCUUCCAUACAUCAAGGAGAGGGAGAAAUUAAGCCAACCCCCUGAAGUAUAUAAAUUCAUAGAGAAAGCAGAAUGGGAUGCCUUUGUAGCUUCAAGGUUAUCCAAAGAAUUUGAGUCUGUGCAUUCUCAACAUGCACAGAUUAGGGAGAAACUUGAGUACAAUCAUCGAUUGUCUCGAAAAGGAUAUGCUGGUUUGGAGGAUCAAUUGGAGGAAACCAUGCUUGGGGUAGAAAUUGAUCGAUCUACCUUAUGGAAGAAAGCUAGACAGGACAAACAUGGUAACAUCCCGGAUCCAAAGGUGGCAGAGAAAGCAAAAUUAAUUGAUGAAUUGCAAAAACAAGUGGCUGAAGGCAGUCUGAGUAUAACUGGCAGUAAUGAUGUGUUGACCUUGGCUUUGGGUCCCGAGCAUCCAGGGAGAGUAAGAGGGGUAGGUGCUGGGAUUUCCCCUAGGCAAUUCUUCAAUUUACCUAGACCACAAAGGGUAAAGUUUGCUGAUCAAUUGAAGGAAAGUGUAAGAAUUGUCCUUCAAGAAGAGACUAAGAAGAUGGAAGCUAGAACCAAACAAUUAGUAGAGGCUGAGAGGGAACAUUUACUAAGUCAGCUUUCCCACCUCAUCCCCAAUUUUGAUCCAAGCAUGCUUAAACCGAAAACUAGCCCCUGUCAAAACCAAGGUCUACAGCAAAGUCCCAAGAAUCCAAUGUCUGAUAAAGCAAGCUGUUCUGGGGCUGAAGUGAGAUCCCUACAUUUAGAGGAUGAUACUGCCAGAAAUGGGAACAGCAGGAACAAACGGUAA